AUGCCUAUUGCAAACUCAAAAUCUAGCCCUUCGCAAAAUCCAUUUAUACUUGCCGCGGAAAAUUCACCAGCUCUUCUGCCCUUACUUCAGUCCAAUCCGGGGCUUGCUGCCGCCCAAGAUGAGCAUGGCUAUAGCCUUCUCCACGCCGCAGCUUCUUACAGCCAUCUCCAUCUCGCGAAAUAUUUGAGGAGCAACUUCAAGAUAAGCCCAGAUAUCAAAGAUGAAGAUGGGGAGACAGCACUAUUUGUUGUUGAGACGGUUGAGACGGCACAAUGCAUGCUAGAAGACGUGGGAAUAGAUCCUUCGAUAAAGAAUACUGACGGCUUGACGGCAGAAGACAAGAUUCGAGAAGAAGGUGACUUUCUGGUAGUAGCUGAGUAUUUGUCAGAGGUGAGGUUAAGAGGACACCGUCCAGCCGCGACUAGUAGAGCGGCCGAGGAAAAUCUGGAAACUGAUAGUAGUGUACCUCCGUUGCCACCUGGCGUACAAGUUCGACUUGGACAGCUUGAGGACGAAGCGAAUAUCGGGGAAGUCGCCGACCCUGAGCUGAAGCAGAGGAUCGAGGAGUUGGCAGCCCGUGAUGACUUCCAAGGUGACGAAAGUCAGCGACAAUUGCGUGAGCUUGUCACAGAUGCUCUCAAAGGAACAAUUGAAGAUCAGCGGGAGGUUAGGAGGCGCACGGAGUGA